AUGCCCCGAUUACAUCAUCUCAUCCUGCUCGCCAUUGUGUUGAUCGCUCAAAUUUGCUUGGCUCAGAAAGCGACCAUCCAAGAUGAUGCUGGACAGACCGUGGUGGUUACCCCUACCACCGACGAGUACGGUGAUGUCUAUUCCAUAGCUGUCUCAACGGUAUUUACCACUUCAACGGGAAAAGCGAAAUUAGGUAGUAAAGCUUCUUCAUCUGUAACUUCUUCUCCGACAACAAGUUACAGGCAAACAUACACUGUUGCUCAAGGGAGUAUCAUGGAUUACUCAAGUUAUCAAUCAUCUGUUACGGGUGCAUUGAAUUCCAUGGAAGCUGCUGCGUACAAGAAUUAUACAGCUACCGCCACGACCGGUCAAGCAGGUUUAUACGCUUCUUCUGGGUCUACACCGAUGAUUCACGCGUUGAACAAGUUGGGAUUCGUAUCAUUAAUGGUUACUGGACUGGUUCUGGUAGUCCAUUUGUAG